AUGGAAGAUUCCAAAAAAUUUGUGAAGAAAUGCGUCAAGUGUCAGGAGAACACCAACUUCCACAGAACACCCGCUUCCGAACUAAGCCUACUGAUGUCCUCCCGACCCUUCGCACAAUGGGGAGUCGACCUCUUGGGACCCUUCCCGGUUGGCCCAGGGCAAGUCAAAUAUCUCAUAGUUGUCAUCGACUACUACACCAAAUGGAUAGAGGCCGAACCACUGGCCAGCAUAUCCUCAUCUAAUUAUAGAAAAUUCAUGUGGAGGCAGGGCCUCAAGAGGCGGCUGGGUGACAAAAAAGGUGCAUGGACCGAUGAACUCGCUUCAGUCCUUUGGUCUUACCGUACAACCGAGCAGUCCUCCACGGGAGAAACCCCUUUCCGCCUGACAUACGGGGUGGACGCGAUGAUACCCGUGGAAAUCGGAAAGCCGAGCCCACGGCUACUUUUGAAGAGAGUAGAAGAAGCAAUUAAGAAAGACCUGGUGGAUGAGGCCAGGGAGAUGGCCCACUUGACAGAAGUACCACUGAAGCAAAGAAUGGCCCUGCGCUACUGGUGCACGAAAUUGUGA